UGUGAAUGUUUUUGUUUAUGCGUUUUUUAUCAUCCAACAGCACAUCCAUACACACAGUGCUACAUUUAAACGUCAGCUGCAGUGAAAGUGAAAAGAAAUUUUUUGGAAACAAAAGUUCAAUUGGAAAAUCGAAAGAGUCUGCAGCAGGAACAUGGAUGAUAUGGAAUCCCUGACACAAGAGACUGUGUCGCAGUGGAAGGAGAGCUUUAAAGCGGAUCCGAAAAAUCUACUUGCCCAAAAUGCCUGCGCACGAAACGACCCAUUCGAAAUUUCCAUUUCGAAGCAACGGCUACAGAAUACGCACCAUAUGUUCAACCGCAGGAUCGAAGCCGAAGGAAAACCAGUCACCAACCAGAAAGGUUCCAGUCGCUGCUGGCUCUUUGCGGCGUUAAAUGUUAUGCGAAUUCCGUUCAUGAAAGCGCACAAUAUCGAAGAAUUCGAAUUCUCGCAGGCGUAUCUGUUCUACUGGGAUAAAAUCGAGCGUUCCUACUACUUCCUGAAUAAAUUCGUUGAGCUCGUUCAGCGUGGCGAGAAACCUGACGGUCGGUUGAUGGCGUUUUUGUUGAAGAAUCCAAUAGAUGAAGGUGGUCAAUGGUCCAUGGUGAUCAACUUGGUCAGUAAGUACGGCGUUAUGCCGAAGAAAUACUUUCCGGAAACGUUCAGCUGUGAAGCGAGUCUACGCAUGAACAUGGCCUUGAAGAGCAAACUGCGUGAAUAUGCAAGAAUUCUUCGGGUGAUGAUCACGGAAGAAAACGCAACGAAAGAGGCCAUCAAGACCAAAAUCAUGGAACAGAUGAAAGAGGUGUACAAUAUCGUCGGCAUUUGCAUCGGAAUACCGGGCGAUACGUUCAAUUGGGAGUAUUAUGAUAAGACAAAGAAAUACCAAGCCACGGGCGAUAUUACACCGCUACAAUUCUACGAAACCCUGGUGAAGCCGUAUUUCAAUGUUGAAAACAAAUUAUGUCUCAUGAAUGAUGCGCGACGGACUAGCCACUACAAUUUUACGUACACCGUUGAUUGUCUGAACAAUGUUGUUGGCGGCCAACAAGUUAUUUACAACAAUCAACCAGUGAAAUCAUUGCAGCAAGCGGUCGUAAAGAGCAUCUUGAAUGGGGAGCCGGUAUGGUUUGGAUGUGAUGUUGGAAAACGUACAUACAGGAAGCAUGGCAUUUUGGACGUGGAAAUAAAUGACUUCAAAACGCUAUUCGGAGUCGACAUUCAAACGACCCUAUCGAAAGAGGAUCGACUUAUUUACGGCGAAUCGGCUCUGACCCAUGCCAUGGUGUUUACGGCUGUGCAUUUGAACGAAAAUGGUGCACCGAUUCGAUACCGUGUGGAGAAUUCAUGGGGCGAAGAUCCCGGCGAAAAGGGAUACAUCAUAAUGACGGACGAUUGGUUCAGAGAGUUUGUUUACGAAGUGGUGGUCGACAUAAAGUAUAUAACUGACGACGUUGCAGCCAUUUUUCCGUUAGAACCGAUUGUGCUUCCAGCAUGGGAUCCUAUGGGCACCUUAGCACAAUAGAUUUCCGAGGGGCGGGAAUAUUUUUCAUUUAAAUCAAUUCUUUGUUUGUGUUCGAUGUCUUCAGAAUCAGAAACGUGUGUGGUAUGACGUGAUUGCUGCGUGAAUAACCGUUUGCCAAUAAACUUUUUUUUUUGUACAAAUAAAGACAACAAUUUACUAAACCGA